GCUGUCAUAUAGAAGACAAACCUAGAUGAUUUAAAUAAAUGUUUAUUCCUUUUUAAUGAAAUGGUUAUUAUAACUUAAUUUCGUUCAGUACUCCGCCUGUGCUGAACGUGUAUACUGAGCGUUUUAACAAAACUGUUGACUUUGUUGAAUAGAAUCAACAAUGCAUCAGUCAAGUUUAGGAGUGCUCGUUUUAUUCAGUUUGAUUUAUUUGUGCAUAUCUGUUCACGUUCCUUUCGAUCUUAAUGGAUGGAAAGCAUUGAGAUUGGAUAACAAUAGGGUACAAGAUUCAACAAACCUGGCCGUGGAACAUCUUGCUGGUCAGUUAAAACAACCUAUCACAGCAUUCAAAUUGGAGGAAAAUAUUCCCAAUUGGGACCUAUACAGAGUAUCUUUCAUUGGAACUUAUUUCAAAGGAGAGGAAUAUGAAUGUCAUUCAGAUGUUGUGUGGAUCUUCAACCCCUUCAACGUGACAGUCUUCAACACAGGUUGUCUUCCGACCAGCCAGCUUAAUUUCAAGUACUAGGUCGCAAACUGGUGCAAUGUAUCAUAAUAUAUCACAUUGACUAACAAACUUUGGAAUUACAACACAGUUAAACCUGAGUGAAAGCUUAGUCAUGCAUGAUGACUGUUGAUUUUCGUGUUUUUAUGGAAGAAAUUAAGCAUUUGCUUUAUAAAUAAUUACAUUUUGUUCGUUU